UGGCUGUAACGCUCCUCCGUGUUUAAUACUGUGUUUAGUGUAGUGAGCCGAGCACAUAUAUGCCGAGAUCUCUUCUAAAGCAGCUGUGUUUCGCAGAAUCUCUUUAGGAGCCCAACAUGCCUAAAAGAAAGAAAGCAGACAGGGAUGCAAAGGAUGAGCCUCAGAGGAGAUCUGCACGGUUAUCGGCAAGACCCGCUCCUGUGAAGACUGCACCCAAACCAAAAAAGACAGAUAAGAAAGACAAAGCAGCCAAUGUCAAAAAGGAGGAUAAAAAGACCAAGGUGAAGGCCAAGGAGAGCUCAGAGUCUGCAGCCAGCGAGGAGAACCACUCUGAAAAUUGAGAGGCCAAGACCAAAGCGGUCACACAGACUCAAAAAGAAACGAAGGAAGCGAAGUCUGAGUAGCACUCUUGCCUCUCAUCAACACUGUCGUCGCAGCUCCUCAUCAUUCCCAGUGUUGUGUCAUUGUCAACCUCCAAGGCAUAUUGUUCACAGAGAAAUAUUUUUAUCAAUGGUUUUAUAAGCAUCAGCAUGGAUUUUUAGCACAAACUGAAGCUAAAUGCUGAGCACCUUGUAGAUUUGCAGUGAUUGUUUCUGUGAGAAUGCCACACUAAAGGUAUUUUUAAAUGCCAUUUAUUGUUAUUGAUAACUUAUUUGGUCUAGAAAAAUCAGACGUCAUCAAGUUCUUAAAACACGGCUGAGGGAAAUCGUCUUUUUGUUUAAUCAUUUGUCCUAGAUUUUGGUGUAUUAUUAAUAACAGUGGGGGAUCACAACCUGUAAGCAGAGAUUUAAGAGAGCGGAUAUAUUUCACUGUCCCUUGCAAAAAA